GUAGCACAGUUUACUCAAUAAAGGACACAACCACAACACCAACAACAGCAGAAUCAACAGAAUACACUUCAACUGUAAAUCCAACUACAACAACCCUGCAAUCAGUGACUAUUGAGGAAAGAACCACAGCUACAACUGAACCAUUAACCAUGACCCAGACAACAGCACUGACCAGUAGCACAAUGUACUUAACACAGGACACAACUGCAACACCAACAACAGCAGAAUCAACCGAAUACGCUUCAACUGUAAAUCCAACUACAAAAACCCUGGAAUCAGUAACUAUUGAGGAAAGAACCACAGCUACAACUGAACCAUUAACCACGACCCAGACAACAGAACUGACCAGUAGCACAAUGUCCUCAACACAGGACACAACCGCAACACCAACAACAGCAGAAUCAACCGAAUCUGCUUCAACUGUAAAUCCAACUACACCAACUCUGGCAUCAGUGACUACUGAGGAAAGAACCACAGCUACAACUGAACCAUUAACCAUGACCCAGACAACAGCACUGACCAGUAGCACAAUGUACUUAACACAGGACAUAACCGCAACACCAACAACAGCAGAAUCAACCAUAUACGCUUCAACUGUAAAUCCAACUACAACAACUCUGGCAUCAGGGACUACUGAGGAAACAACCACAGCUACAACUGAACCAUUAAUCACAACCCAGAAAACAGAACUGACCAGUAGCACAGUGUACUUAACACAGGACACAACCACAACACCAACAACAGCAGAAUCACCCGAAUACACUUCAAUCGUAAAUCCAACUACAACAACCCUGGAAUCAGUGACUAUUGAGGAAAGAACCACAGCUACAACUGAACCAUUAACCACGACCCAGAAAACAGAACUGACCCGUAGCACAAUGUACUCAACACAGGACACAACCGCAACACCAACAACAGUAGAAUCAACCGAAUAUGCUUCAACUGUAAAUCCAACUACAACAACUCUGGCAUCAGUGACUACUGAGGAAACAACCACAGCUACAACUGAACCAUUAACCACGACCCAGACAACAGAACUGACCAGUAGCACAGUUUACUCAAUAAAGGACACAACCACAACACCAACAACAGCAGAAUCAACAGAAUACACUUCAACUGUAAAUCCACCUACAACAACCCUGCAAUCAGUGACUAUUGAGGAAACAACCACAGUUACAACUGAACCAAUAACCACGACCCAGACAAAAGCACUGACCAGUAGCACAAUGUACUUAACACAGGACACAACCGCAACACCAACAACAGCAGAAUCAACCGAAUACACUUCAACUGUAAAUCCAACUACAACAACUCUGGCAUCAGUGACUACUGAGGAAACAACCACAGCUACAACUAAACCAUUAAUCACAACCCAGACAAAAGCACUGACCAGUAGCACAAUGUACUCAACACAGGACACAACCGCAACACCAACAACAGCAGAAUCAACCGAAUACACUUCAACUGUAAAUCCAACUACAACAACUCUGGCAUCAGUGACUACUGAGGAAACAACCACAGCUACAACUAAACCAUUAAUCACAAGCCAGAAAACAGAACUGACCAGUAGCACAGUGUACUUAACACAGGACACAACCACAACACCAACAACAGCAGAAUCAACAGAAUACACUUUAACGGUAAAUCCAACUACAACAACUCUGGAAUCAGUGACUAUUGAGGAAAGAACCACAGCUACAACUGAACCAUUAACCAUGACCCAGACAACAGAACUGACCAGACACAACCACAACACCAACAACAGCAGAAUCACCGAAUACACUUCAACUGUAAAUCCAACUACAACAACCUUGGAAUCAUUGACUAUUGAGGAAAGAACCACAGCUACAACUGAACCAUUAACCAUGACCCAGACAACAGAACUGACCCGUAGCACAAUGUACUCAACACAGGACACAACCGCAACACCAACAACAGCAGAAUCAACCGAAUAUGCUUCAACUGAAAAUCCAACUACAACAACUCUGGCAUUAGUGACUAUUGAGGAAACAACCACAGCUACAACUGAACCAUUAAUCACAACCCAGAAAACAGAACUGACCAGUAGCACAGUGUACUCAAUAAAGGACACAACCACAACACCAACAACAGCAGAAUCAACAGAAUACACUUCAACUGUAAAUCCACCUACAACAACCCUGCAAUCAGUGACUAUUGAGGAAACAACCACAGCUACAACUGAACCAUUAACCACGAUCCAGACAAAAGCACUGACCAGUAGCACAAUGUACUUAACUCAGGACACAACCGCAACACCAACAACAGCAGAAUCAACCGAAUACACUUCAACUGUAAAUCCAACUAUAACAACUCUGGCAUCAGUGACUACUGAGGAAACAACCACAGCUACAACUAAACCAUUAAUCACAACCCAGAAAACAGAACUGACCAGUAGCACAGUGUACUUAACACAGGACACAACCACAACACCAACAACAGCAGAAUCACCCGAAUACACUUCAACUGUAAAUCCAACUACAACAACCUUGGAAUCAUUGACUAUUGAGGAAAGAACCACAGCUACAACUGAACCAUUAACCAUGACCCAGACAACAGAACUGACCAGUAGCACAAUGUCCUCAACACAGGACACAACCGCAACACCAACAACAGCAGAAUCAACCGAAUAUGCUUCAACUGUAAAUCCACCUACAACAACUCUGGCAUUAGUGACUAUUGAGGAAACAACCACAGCUACAACUGAACCAUUAAUCACAACCCAGAAAACAGAACUGACCAGUAGCACAGUGUACUUAACACAGGACACAACCACAACACCAACAACAGCAGAAUCACCCGAAUACACUUCAACCGUAAAUCCAACUACAACAACUCUGGCAUCAGUGACUACUGAGGAAACAUCCACAGCUACAACUGAACCAUUAACCACGACCCAGACAACAGAACUGACCCGUAGCACAAUGUACUCAACACAGGACACAACCGCAACACCAACAACAGCAGAAUCAACCGAAUAUGCUUCAACUGAAAAUCCAACUACAACAACUCUGGCAUCAGUGACUACUGAGGAAACAACCACAGCUACAACUGAAACAUUAACCACAACCCAGACAACAGAACUAACCAGUAGCACAGUGUACUUAACUCAGGACACAACCGCAACACCAACAACAGCAGAAUCAACCGAAUACACUUCAACUGUAAAUCCAACUAUAACAACUCUGGCAUCAGUGACUACUGAGGAAACAACCACAGCUACAACUAAACCAUUAAUCACAACCCAGAAAACAGAACUGACCAGUAGCACAGUGUACUUAACACAGGACACAACCACAACACCAACAACAGCAGAAUCACCCGAAUACACUUCAACUGUAAAUCCAACUACAACAACCUUGGAAUCAUUGACUAUCGAGGAAAGAACCACAGCUACAACUGAACCAUUAACCAUGACCCAGACAACAGAACUGACCAGUAGCACAAUGUCCUCAACACAGGACACAACCGCAACACCAACAACAGCAGAAUCAACCGAAUAUGCUUCAACUGUAAAUCCAACUACACCAACUCUGGCAUCAGUGACAACUGAGGAAAGAACCACAGCUACAACUGAACCAUUAACCACGACCCAGACAACAGCACUGACCAGUAGCACAAUUUACUCAACACAGGACACAACCACAACACCAACAACAGCAGAAUCAACCGAAUACGCUUCAACUGUAAAUCCACCUACAACAACUCUGGCAUUAGUGACUACUGAGGAAACAACCACAGCUACAACUGAACCAUUAAUCACAACCCAGAAAACAGAACUGACCAGUAGCACAGUGUACUUAACACAGGACACAACUACAACACCAACAACAGCAGAAUCACCCGAAUACACUUCAACGGUAAAUCCAACUACAACAACCUUGGAAUCAGUGACUAUUGAGGAGAGAACCACAGCUACAACUGAACCAUUAACCACGACCCAGACAACAGAACUGACCAGUAGCACAAUGUCCUCAACACAGGACACAACCGCAACACCAACAACAGCAGAAUCAACCGAAUUCGCUUCAACUGUAAAUCCAACUACAACAACUCUGGCAUCAGUGACUCCUGAGGAAACAACCACAGCUACAACUGAAACAUUAGCCACAACCCAGACAACAGAACUGACCAGUAGCACAGUGUACUCAAUAAAGGACACAACCACAACACCAACAACAGCAGAAUCAACCAAAUACGCUUUAACUGUAAAUCCAACUACAACAACCCUGGAAUCAGUGAGUAUCGAGGACAGAACCACAACUACAACUGAACCAUUAACCACAACCCAGGCAACAGAAUUGACCAGUAGCACAAUUUACUCAACACAGGACACAACCACAACACCAACAACAGCAGAAUCAACCGAAUACACUUCAACUGUAAAUCCAACUACAACAACCCUGGAAUCAGUGAGUAUCGAGGAAAGAACCACAGCUGCAACUGAACCAUUAACCACAACCCAGGCAACAGAACUGACCAGUAGCACAAUGUACUCAACACAGGUCACAACCACAACACCAACAACAGCAGAAUCAACCAAAUACACUUCAACAGUAAAUCCAACUACAACAACUCUGGAAUCAGUGACUAUUAGGGAAAGAACCACAGCUACAACUGAACCAUUAACCACGACCCAGACAACAGAACUGACCAGUAGCACAACGUACUCAACACAGGACACAACUGAAUACACUUCAACUGUAAAUCCAACUACAACAACCCUGGAAUCAGUGAGUAUCGAGGAAAGAACCACAGCUACAACUGAACCAUUAACCACAACCCAGGCAACAGAACUGACCAGUAGCACAAUGUACUCAACACAGGAAACAACCACAACACCAACAACAGCAGAAUCAUCCGAAUACACUUCACCUGUAAAUCCAACUACAACAACCCUGGAAUCAGAGAGUACUGAGGAAACAACCACAGCUACAACUGAACCAUUAACUACACCUCAGACAAGAGAACUACCCACUAUCACAAUGUACUCAACACAGAAUACAACAACUCCAGCUCCAACAACAGCAGAAUUAACUGCAUCAUCAUCAAUUGAAGUUGCAACCACUGUAACUGUAGAAUCAAUGACUCAUGAGGAAACAACCACAGAUGCACAUCUACCAAUAACUACAACACAAAGAGCUGUGCAGACCACUAGUACAGCAUUAGCAACACAAAACCACAGCAUCAAAAACACAACCACAGCAUCAAAAACAAAUGAAUCAACUCCAACAACCAUUAAAUCAAUAACUACAGAGGAAAAAAACACAGAUACAACCAUACAUUUAACUACAAAACAAACUGAAGACAAGACCACUAGCACAGUUUACACAACACAAGACACAACAACCACUGGUCCAAAAACAGCAGAUUCAAAAGAAUAUACAUCAACUGUAUUUCCAACUAUUUCGAAUGUAGAAUCAAUGACUACUAAGGAAAAGACAACAGCUAACACAUUAAUUACAACCGUACCAUCAACUCUAACAUCAAAUGUAGUGACAUCAUACACUGUAUCCAAUACACAUUCUACAACAUCUGCAUCUGAGACAUCUGCAUCUAUGACUCUAUCGCCAACCACAGAUACAAUAAAACAGAUUUCAACAUCAACAAUACCUUAUGCAGCGAACCCCCCAGCAAAAUCUGGUUUAGCUGUGGUUCAGACCAGGAUGCUCUUCAGCAGUUCCUCUCCUGUUCCCACUGAGAGUUUGGUCAGCAACACAAUCCAGACUCUUCUGAGUGCACAUCUCCAAAACCUCACUGAUGCUGUAACAGUGCUGAACUUCACCUAUGAGAAACUUUCAGACACAUCCUAUGUGGUCACCUUCACAUUGAACAUCAGUAACAUCAGCAUACCAGAGAACCCUGACCUCAGGAACAACACCUACAACACGGUGCAGAGCAUCGUCAAUAACGCUUUAAACACUCUUCUAAAUGAACCUGAUUCAAAAGCAUUUGAACCACAGAGCUCUUUCUUCAUGAGUUUAGGAAACCAGUUAAAAGGUAGCAUGGAUUACAGCUUCCAAGACGGAGACAUUGUAACACCAGCAGCUUUCCUCAGUGGGCUCAUGACACAGAAUGUCUUGACUACAACGGCUUCUCCAUCAACUACAGGAACUGUCGCUUUGUCAUCGACAGCAACUCUGUCAGUAGUAUCUGGUUCAGCUGUGGUUCAGACCAGGAUGGUCUUCAGCAGUUCCUCUCCUGUUCCCACUGAGAGUUUGGUCCGCAACACAAUCCAGACGCUUCUAAGUGCACGUCUCCAAAACCUCACUGAUCCUGUAACAGUGCUGAACUUCACCUAUGAGAAACUUUCAGACACAUCCUAUGUGGUCACCUUCACAUUGAACAUCGGUAACAUCAGCAUACCAGAGAACCCUGACCUCAGGAACAACACCUACAACACGGUGCAGAGCAUCGUCAAUAACGCUUUAAACACUCUUCUAAAUGAACCUGAUUCAAAAGCAUUUGAACCACAGAGCUCUUUCUUCAUGAGUUUAGGAAACCAGUUAAAAGGUAGCAUGGAUUACAGCUUCCAAGACGGAGACAUUGUAACACCAGCAGCUUUCCUCAGUGGGCUCAUGACACAGAAUGUCUUGACUACAACGGCUUCUCCAUCAACUACAGGAACUGUCGCUUUGUCAUCGACAGCAACUCUGUCAGUAGUAUCUGGUUCAGCUGUGGUUCAGACCAGGAUGGUCUUCAGCAGUUCCUCUCCUGUUCCCACUGAGAGUUUGGUCCGCAACACAAUCCAGACGCUUCUAAGUGCACGUCUCCAAAACCUCACUGAUCCUGUAACAGUGCUGAACUUCACCUAUGAGAAACUUUCAGACACAUCCUAUGUGGUCACCUUCACAUUGAACAUCGGUAACAUCAGCAUACCAGAGAACCCUGACCUCAGGAACAACACCUACAACACGGUGCAGAGCAUCGUCAAUAACGCUUUAAACACUCUUCUAAAUGAACCUGAUUCAAAAGCAUUUGAACCACAGAGCUCUUUCUUCAUGAGCUCAGGAAACCAGUUAAAAGGUAGCAUGGAUUACAGCUUCCAAGACGGAGACAUUGUAACACCAGCAGCUUUCCUCAGUGGGCUCAUGACACAGAAUGUCUUGACUACAACGGCUUCUCCAUCAACUACAGGAACUGUCGCUUUGUCAUCGACAGCAACUCUGUCAGUAGUAUCUGGUUCAGCUGUGGUUCAGACCAGGAUGGUCUUCAGCAGUUCCUCUCCUGUUCCCACUGAGAGUUUGGUCCGCAACACAAUCCAGACGCUUCUAAGUGCACGUCUCCAAAACCUCACUGAUCCUGUAACAGUGCUGAACUUCACCUAUGAGAAACUUUCAGACACAUCCUAUGUGGUCACCUUCACAUUGAACAUCGGUAACAUCAGCAUACCAGAGAACCCUGACCUCAGGAACAACACCUACAACACGGUGCAGAGCAUCGUCAAUAACGCUCUAAACAUUCUACUAAAUAAACCUGGUGCAGAACCUUUCAAACCCCAGAGCUUUUCCUUCAUGAGCUUAGGAAUCCAGGUUAAUGGAAGCAUGGAGUACUACUUCCAAGAUGGAGACACCAAAACACCAGCAGCUUUCCUGGAUGAGGUUACACCUAUAUUAGGAAAUGUCCUGAUAUACAUUCAACUUAUUUUUAAGAAUUUGACCAAAGUACCUAGUGAAGCUGAUGUUGUCAAAGCUGCUAAUUCUCUGCUGGACUCAAAGAUCAGAAAAGCACGAGAUCUUACAACACAAAAACUGAAUGACCCUGUGAGCAUCCAGAACAUCACUUAUGAACAAAUUAGUGAAAACUCAUACAUUAUAAAAUUUGGAUUCCAAAUCAGCAAUGUGACCAUCUCCAUAAAUAUUCAGCUCAGAAAUGAAACGUAUAUUUUAAUCCAAGACACCAUCAACACAAUGCUGAACACUAUCCUGAAUGGCAAAAGUGCUACUCCAUUUGUCUUCCCACAAGCAAACUACACGUUUAAUGGUAAAGAAAUUGUGGCUAAUUCAGAAUACAUCUUUGUGGAAGGUGUCACCCAGUUUACACCAAGUGGAUUUCUUUCUGAAAUACUCAAGAUUAGUGGUCUGUCAAUCUCCACCACUCCUGCUGCUCAAACAGAUGCCCCUAUCUAUGUAGUCCUGAGGCCCACAGUCCAAGCAAACACCACCACCACUGGUGGAAGUUCUGCUUGGAUCCUGGGUAUCAUUAUUCCCUGCAGUAUAGUCAUCAUUCUCAUACCAUGCUGGAUUCUACUCUGUUGUUUGCUGUGUGGUUGCUGCGCUGGUUUAAGGAGGCGUUACAACAGAAGACGGUCCUACAAUGUUCAAUACACAACACGAAAUGGACUUUUUUAAAGACAGUUUAAGUGUAAAAGGAUCUCUUAAAAAUAUAAUUUGUAACUAUUAGAUUUUUUUUUAUUUAAUUAUUUAAUUUAAAUUUGUUCAAAAUGUAUUUUUACUUUUAUUUUAUAAAAGUAUUUACAAAAAAGUUAAGCUAUACACAGCCAAGUCGAGUGAAUUAUUAAAAGGACAAACUAAUGUGCAGCUAUACAUGUAUUUUUAUUUAAUAAUUUAUUAAACUUAUUUAUUAAGUCUGUUUUAAAUAAAGCUAAUCAAAUAACAUCUAAAAUUUGGUCUAACUGUUUUAUAUG